CAAUCAUUAUCAACUUGUAGCUAAACUUAUUUAAUCUCUGCCCCUAUCCUCUCAUUAUUUUGAUUUAAAUCUCAGGAAUCAUAUGGGUUUCAUCUGUAAACAUUUCAGAAUGUAUCCCUAUAAGACAAGGGCUCUUUUAAAAAUUUUAUAACUACACUAUUAAUAAUAAUUGCUUAACACUAUCAAUAUUGGGAUCAAUAUUUACGUUUCUAAUUGCCUCAUAUAUGUAACAGUUUUCGAUUAUUUGAAUGAGGACCCGAUAAAGGUCCACAUGUUGCAGUUACCAGAGUUGAUGUGUGUUUUAAGUCUCGUAAGGUAUAGCAGUUGGUCUGGGGCAGAGCCUGGUUGGCCCCGGAACUCAUUACAAAUGGAAAUUCUCCGCCAGCCUCAGACCUACUGGAUUGGAAGCUCUAGGCGUGGGGCCAGUGAUUGUGUGGUAACAAGCCCCCAGAGGAUUCUGAUGGGCAUCAGAGUUUGAGAACCUCUGGUCUAUAGGUUUCCCCUCCUUUCCUGCCUAUUUUCCAUGUGAUUAUUUAUUGGAGAAACCUGCUAUUAUCUUGUAGCCAUGCCCCCCAUCUUGCCAGUUGACCACCACAUGCCCAUUAACAAGUCUUCUGGCCCCUGCACCAAGGGAGCUGAGAAGGCUCUCCUCUCUCAAAUAGAGGGGUCUGACUCUUAGAGGUGUGAGUCCCCAGGGAUGAUGCAGAGUUGGCCUGCUGCAGAAACGGGGCGCACUCUAGGCAGGGGAACAGCAUGUGCAAAGGCUGGGAGGCUGGAUCAAGCACAGGUGCUCCACAGACAGAAAGAAACGGCUCCCACAUCUGCAUAUUCGUCUCCAGCGAGGAGUCUUGGAGACACAGGAAUAACGCCUCUGUCCCCUUCCCAUAUCGUGAACGACGCCGACCCCGACGUCUCGGAACAGCAGUCGUUUCUCGUAGUGGUGGCCAUCGACUUUGGGACCACGUCCAGUGGCUACGCCUACAGCUUCACCAAGGAGCCAGAAUGCAUCCACGUGAUGAGGCGAUGGGAGGGAGGUGACCCUGGUGUGUCCAACCAGAAGACUCCGACCACCAUCUUGUUGACCCCCGAGAGGAAGUUCCACAGCUUCGGGUAUGCCGCCAGGGACUUCUACCACGACCUGGAUCCCAACGAGGCCAAGCAGUGGCUGUACCUGGAGAAGUUCAAGAUGAAGCUGCACACUACGGGGGACCUCACCAUGGAUACAGACCUGACGGCAGCAAACAGCAAGAAAGUCAAAGCUCUUGAAAUCUUUGCUUAUGCCCUGCAGUACUUUAAGGAGCAGGCGCUGAAGGAGCUGAGUGACCAGGCAGGUUCGGAGUUCGAGAACUCUGAUGUCAGAUGGGUGAUCACGGUGCCUGCCAUCUGGAAACAGCCCGCCAAGCAGUUCAUGAGACAAGCUGCCUACCAGGCAGGCCUGGCCUCCCCGGAGAACUCGGACCAGCUCAUCAUUGCCUUGGAGCCCGAGGCGGCCUCCAUCUACUGCCGGAAGCUGCGGCUGCACCAGAUGAUCGAGCUGAGUGGCAAGACGGCCGUCAAUGGGUACAGCGGCAGGGACACAGUAGGAGCUGGGUUUGCACAGGCUAAGGAACACAUACGGCGUAAUCGGCAGAGUCGGACCUUUUUGGUGGAGAAUGUCAUAGGAGAAAUCUGGUCCGAGCUGGAGGAAGGUGACAAGUAUGUGGUUGUGGACAGUGGCGGUGGCACCGUAGACCUGACAGUCCAUCAGAUACGGUUACCGGAGGGACACCUUAAGGAACUGUAUAAAGCAACAGGCGGACCCUAUGGAUCCUUAGGAGUAGAUUAUGAAUUUGAAAAACUUCUGUGUAAAAUCUUUGGAGAGGAUUUCAUCGAACAAUUCAAAAUCAAACGGCCUGCUGCCUGGGUUGACUUAAUGAUUGCGUUUGAAUCUCGCAAAAGAGCAGCUGCCCCAGACAGAACUAACCCCCUGAACAUCACCCUGCCCUUCUCCUUCAUUGACUACUACAAGAAGUUCCGUGGGCACAGCGUGGAGCACGCGCUUAGGAAAAGCAAUGUGGAUUUCGUGAAGUGGUCCUCGCAGGGGAUGCUGAGGAUGAGUCCGGACGCCAUGAAUGCCCUUUUUAAGCCGACCAUCGACAGCAUCAUUGAGCAUCUGCGGGACCUGUUUCAGAAGCCCGAGGUGUCCACUGUCAAGUUCCUCUUCCUGGUGGGCGGCUUUGCCGAGGCACCCCUCCUGCAGCAGGCAGUGCAGGCUGCCUUCGGGGACAAGUGCCGGAUCAUCAUCCCCCAGGAUGUGGGCCUCACCAUCCUCAAGGGUGCUGUCCUCUUUGGCCUGGACCCCGCCGUCAUCAAGGUGCGCCGGUCCCCACUCACCUAUGGGGUGGGCGUGCUGAACCGCUACGUGGAGGGCAAGCACCCUCCCGAGAAGCUGCUGGUGAAAGACGGCACUCGCUGGUGCACCGACGUCUUCGACAAGUUCAUCUCUGCCGACCAGUCGGUGGCCCUGGGUGAGCUGGUCAAGCGCAGCUAUACCCCAGCCAAGCCCUCGCAGCUGGUCAUCGUCAUCAACAUCUACAGCUCUGAGCACGACAACGUCAGCUUCAUCACCGACCCCGGGGUGAAGAAGUGCGGCACGCUCCGCCUGGAUCUGACGGGGACCAGUGGUGUGGCAGUGCCCGCCCGGAGGGAGAUCCAGACCCUUAUGCAGUUCGGGGACACUGAGAUCAAGGCCACAGCCGUUGAUAUAGCCACCUCCAAGAGUGUCAAAGUCGGGAUCGACUUCUUAAAUUACUAACCACUCCCCCCUGCCGCCUGCCCCCUCGACUCGACUUACCUGCAUCUGCUGACCUCAACCUUGACUGUUCUUUCCCUGACCUUGACCCAUGCCACUGCCCACCUGAAUUUCAGCAGGGAAGAUGAGAACAAUCAAGGCUAGAAACAAUUAGGGAUUUUUGCGGGCACAUUGGAGUCAGAAAAACUGCCAGAAAUUAGGAAUACAGUUUGGACAUAGGAAAUUAAAGGAUCCUAGAAGAGCAGCUAGUUUUCAUAGGUACAAACGUGGUAAAAUAGCCACCGACAAGGGAAUCAGUACAUUUCUGCAGCAGUGGUUGAGCCUGCUUGGAAUAGAUCUCUGUUAAGUAGGAUUUACGAUGCCCUCUUGCUAUCUUUCUAGAUUUAAAAUGAGAUCUUUGAGCCAGGAGGAGAUCUUCAUCUGAGACUUUUAAAUUUUUUUGGAUGGCAGUCAGUAUAAAAUACCACCCAUCUGCAUUUAAUUUCUUUUCAUCAUUAUGUGAUUGAAAGUGGUGAUUCAGUGGGAACUUGGAAUGUUUUUAGCUGGUGAUAGAAGACUGCCUACACCGGGUGGGUGCUGUUUUAGGUUCUCAUAUCAUUUAAAUAACGAGGAGGUUCUGGGGGGAACAACCGUAGUUUGGCUAAUCCACUCUGAUUUUCAUGAGUAGGAGAGCUGAUAUCUCACCUUUUCAGCAAGUAAAAAGUUGCUCUGAUGGAAAUGGAUAUUAAAGAGUUACUGACAGAUCCCAAAUUAUAUGCUGUGAUAUAAUUCCCAGAAUGCCAAGUCCUGCUUUCUAAGUUCAUAAGUAAUUCUAGUUAAUCUUAGUAGAGAUUCUGUGUGAGAAAAUGAGGUUGCCAUAUGCCUUGUUCACAGAAGGCCAGGGCAGCCCCCACCCUGAAAAGCAUCUAGCUUUUAAAUUAACCCCCUCCUUCCCGCUCACCUUCAUCCCCCUAAGGGUUUUGGCCAUUUAUUCCCACGUUUUGAAAGGAAUACUUGGUGAAAUAUGAGCAGAGCAUCUGUUCUAUGAAAUGUGUCAUUCGUAUCUUCAGAUUUUAAAGCCUGUCUACAAAUAACAUGUAGACCUGUACUUGAUGAAUUAAGCCAUUUUUUUUUCAAAGCAGUUCUGUGCUCACCUGCAUCAGAAUUGCCUGGGUGCUUGUUAAAAACAGGUUCCUGGAUCCUGUCCCUUUUUAACUGCAGUCACUCUUGGAGAGGGGACCAGGUUCAACUGAAAUCUGGCAAAUGCUAACUUCAGGUUCUGCCGAAGCUGAAGCACAGACCACAGCCCCCUUUGAUCUUCCCCUUACGUCACCUUAGAAGAGGAUUUGCAUGUGAAGGUGAUCCUGCAUCUUGCCCCUUCGUCAGUGGGGUUGAGGCUCCACCUGGCAUGGGAAUGGCCCUUUUAGCCCUCAUAGGAAGGGCCUAAGGGGGUAAAAGAAUGCUAGAAAGGAACCCUAAGAACAGGGCUGACUGAUGAACCAGCUAGAGGGUCUGGUCUGCCUUCUCUCCUUCCCCACUGUACAAAACCGAUUUUCUCCAACAUUCCAGAGCCAAUUGAGGAAAAAGAAUCAAGAAUCUGACUCACAGCCCAUCUGACCUGUUCAAAGCUGUCUUCUCCACCUGCUGGAAGCCGUUCCAAUUUUAAAUCACUGGAGGCAUGCAUAAUGAAUGAAUAGAGAAUGAGCAAAUGAACUUCGAAUGCAAGUUGGAUUCACAAACCCCAUAUCAUGGCAGAUAUGCAGAUUUUAAAUAGCUUUUUCAAUUUCAUUUUCACAUCUUUUUACAUUGCCUGCUGCAGAAUUCCUUACUAGAAUGUAAAACACAAGCAAACCACAGAACUAGAGAACGCUGGUCACAUAACUUGGUUGCAGGAUUUUGUUAUCCAGGCACAAAGGUGUGUUUGCUAGUGUUCUCCCGCUACCCGUGCUGCUUCAAAAGCUGUAUGUUAUGGAUCUUUCUUUGAUGUUGCCAGCUAUGUUCUACAAAUGAGACUUUUCAAUGUUGUUAUGAGUAAUAUAAUUUUGUGUAUAUAUAAUGUUAGAAUAUUGUACAGAAUCUUUAUUUCUACGAUGUGCUUUUCUUGUUUUAAAAAAGAGGAAAUGCUCUUUAAUUGCUGUCCUUAAUUUUCCACAGUUUCAUUUUUUAAUUGUGCUCACUAAGCAUCCAUUUGUGCCGAUACCAAGCUAUGGACUAUGUUUGCAAGACUGAGCAAUAGACAGAGGUGCCUAGGGUCAGAACACUCUGAACACACAGACCACCUGGAUCAACAACUUCAUUAGAACCUUCUACAUGUACACCCUUCCCAAAGAUUCACAGAUUAUAUUUAAAGGAGCAUAUUUUAUCAGUUCUCCUGUACAGACUUUGAGAGCUGAACAUUCUGGUUCUGUAAGCAAUAUGACUGUGCAGAACGACUUUAGAAAGCUCUGCGUCCUGUCAUCAGCCUCUCUUCUGGGGCAAAGCAGUUACUCUGAAGGCAAAGUGUGGUUCACUAUGUGUGAUGUUUUUAUGCUGGAAAGGAACCAAGUGGUACGUAUACCCAGCUUUUCUCCUGGGUUAAAUGUAAGUCUGAGCAAUAUAGGUAAGCCCCCGCUUUUUUUUUUUUUUUGCUAACAUAAAGCCUUUCCCACCUUGAAUUAAGGAUGUCUCCUUGUCUACUAUUCUCUUAAAUAAGCUGAUAGGAAUCUGCAGUGUUAGCAGAUAGACAGAGAGGGGGAUAAUCUUACUGGACUUUCUUCUGGCUACAGAUAUGCAGCCCUAGUAGUCAAAUUCCUUAAAAGAAACCCCCAAAUCCAUCUGUUACGCCCCCCACCCCCUGCUAAAGUAUUCUAGAAUGAAAGCACUGGAUAAGUACACUUGUUCACAUUUUCUAAUCUUAGGAAAUUUUUCAAAAUGUUUUGACCCAUUACUCAAUCGCCCCUGGGCAUAUUAUCUAAUAUCCACGUUUCUUGGAAGCAGACUGCCAAGGAUUUCCUUUGUAACUACCUUUUCUGUACACAGUAGGCAUUAUUAAUAAAUGCUGAAUAACAGACAAGUUACAGACAGGAUAAGGGAAAAAAGGAGCCACACAAGUGAUUUUGCAAAGUAAUGGCUGAGAUGAGUCCAGAUUACAAAGGCUGCCCUACCUUUAGAAUGUUAUUUAGACCAAGUUUAGCUUUUAGAGACCAGGUCUGGUUAAUUGCCAGGGUAGCAAAGAAUCGCAUGCACCAAUAUAUACAGGAGUCAAAAUGCAUUAUUAGUUGAAGAUCGAAUUUCACAUAGUAGAGAUGUAAUAGCUGUGAUUAAGCUGCAUAUGUAUGCUAGGAAAUGGCUUAAGUGGGUGACUAGUAUAAAAGUUGUUGGCCAUAAUGUCACACCUCUCAUCUGCUUGAAUUCUAAAAUAAACAGCUAUUGGGGUCUUGUUCACUACAAGAUAAAUUCAAAUUUCACAGAACUUUGCAGCAGUUCACAACUUGACAGGAUUGUAUCUGCAAACUGUCUUCACGGAUGUCAAAUAAAGCAAAACUCUGGAUCUCA